CAGCCAUCACAAGAUCACAACACAAACAAACAAACAAACAGGAGUAGUACAACUGUGUAGUGCCAAUAUGGCUGACGCCUCCACCAACGACAUUGCCAUUGUGCUUGUGGCACUUCUCUCCGUGCUCGUCACGUCCGUCCGUUCUGCGGCCAACUACGACACCUCCGCCGCUAGAUCGUACAACUCCGGCUGGCUCCCCGCGAAGGCCACCUGGUACGGUGCGCCCACCGGCGCCGGACCCAACGACAACGGUGGUGCUUGCGGCUUCAAGAACGUGAACCAGUACCCCUUCUCCUCCAUGACGUCCUGCGGCAACGAGCCUCUGUUCGACGGCGGCGCAGGCUGCGGCAGCUGCUACGAGAUCCGAUGCGUCGCCGCCAACAAUCCUUCCUGCUCCGGCCAGCCGAGGAGGGUGGUCAUCACCGACAUGAACUACUACCCCGUGGCCAGGUACCACUUCGACCUCAGUGGCACGGCGUUCGGGGCCAUGGCCAAGAACGGCCUCAACGACAAGCUCCGCCAUGCCGGCAUCAUCGACAUGCAGUUCAGGAGGGUGCGAUGCAACUUCCCGGGCAUGAAGGUCACCUUCCACGUCCAGCGUGGCUCCAACCCCAACUACCUCGCGGUGCUCGUGGAGUACGCCAACGUCGACCGCACCGUGGUCUGCAUGGAGCUGAUGCAGACCAGGAACGGCCGCCCCACGGGGUCCUGGGAGCCGAUGCGCCGCUCCUGGGGAUCCAUCUGGCGGAUGGACACCAGCCGCCCGCUGCAGGGGCCCUUCUCCAUGCGCAUCACCAGCGACUCCGGGAAGACGCUGGUGGCCAACAAUGUCAUCCCGGCCUACUGGCGGCCGGACAAAGCCUACAGAUCCAACGUCCAGUUCUAUUGAUUUUGGCUCAAUCAUCAGUUGCAUGCUUCUCCGACGGAUUCCGAUCGAAUUGGUGCUCCCGGAUUUCUCUUCUCACCAAACGCUACCUAUUGAUCAUUGUGAGUGAUAAGAACUUGUAUAAUGCAAAGUCUUUAGCAAGGUAUAUUUGUAAAAAAGGAACCGGUAAUUUCUUAAGUAUCAGUGUUUAUUUGUA